AUGGAUCUCUUCUCCGCCGCCUGCGACAACUUCGGUCUGGUUAUUAACACGGAGAAGACGGUGGUCAUGCAUCAACCGCCACCCAACACAGCCCCCCACAACGCGCCGCAAAUCAGCGUGAACGGAGCCCAACUGCAAGUGGUGGAAAACUUCACGUAUCUGGGCGGUACCCCCUCCUGCAGCACCAAAAUCGGCGGCGAAGUGGCCCUCUGCAUUUCCAAAGCCUGCUAA